CUGUAUACUGUAUAUUUCCAGACUGUGAUUCUAUCUGCUUGCUCUGACCGAGUGUCCUGUGCCACUGAAUUUAACAAGAUCACAGCUCUAGUCUGGAAGCUGUACAACAAAUUAAAUUUAGCCAUGAGGCUUGUUGUCAUUCCAAGCAGAGACCUUUUAUUGUGUGAAAGUCUGAGGGUGGAGAUACAGAUGUGGGCCCCCAGUGUCAGGAAGUACAUCAAGUUGGCUCAUGUUUCCUGCAUUGAUGACUAUGUUGCUAGGCGUCUGAUGUGUUACCAUAGCAACAACCAAGCAGAUUAUAAACAAUUUCAACACCUACAGAUGGUCUAUGGAGAGGUUUUGGAUGUGACUCGCUUGUUGGGAGUUAUGUUGGAGCAAAGACCAAGUUCCAGUGAUGUGAGUGACCUUAUGUUGCCUGACUUUGGAUUAGGGAACCAGGGACCAAGAGCGGCAUCUGAGGAAUAUAUUCUCAGUCUUCAAGAAUUGUUCUUCUCACCAAAACAUUUGGUGUCAUAGAAACUAGUCUUUUCUAGAAGUACACAGGGUUUAACAGGAACCUGAGUGUAUUCUGAAUUUUGUUGAAUGUAAUUAUUUUUAUGGAUUGCAUUAAAGUUCUUGAUGCACAUUAUCUCAUAUGCCUUCACUUGUUGAGCAGUAUAUUUUUAUUUGACAAAGUAUCCUGGUGCAUGUAGCAUCACAGUUUAUUUCUAUUAAUGUAUAGCUUUCAUAGUCACGAUAUGCUUAAAUACUGCCAAUGCGAAUAAAUCAUAGCAAAAUG